AUGAGUUUAUCACUCCAUGUACAAUUUUUAUACACUCGAAGAUGUGUGAGAGCAUCUUCUUUUAGCCCUAAAACCCGUUCUCUGAUUAAGCCCUUGAACUGGACCCCUGAACCUUUCUAUUACAAAAUUUUUUCUCUAAAAAAUAUUUUUUCCUAUUCAAUUUUCAGAACUUUAAUUGAGCAAACUGAUGAACAGAGAGCUUUGAAAUUACAAAUUAAAAAUUCUGAAGAGCAACUUAAACGUCUUUGUCAAACAAAUAUUUUGGAUUUGUGCUUCCACAUUUGGGUGGAUGGGGAAUUUGGAACAAUCUCCGGUUUUCGUUUGGGUCGUCUUCGACAAGAACAGGUAAUUGCUGAACGUUUGGGAAUUGAAUUUGUUGGUUAUGAACUAGUCCCUUUUGGAAGUUGUUCUUUUAUUCGUUCUCUUCGAAAAGAUAAUUCUGAUAAAAUUGAAGAACUUCCUCUCUAUGGCAGUGGAGGUUGGCGUCCAUUUGGUCAACCAGCACUUGAUAAAGCUUUGAUAGCUUUUAUGGAUUGCUUUAUUCAGGUUGAGAAACGUUUAAAGCAACAUUUUCCUGGUACUCAACUAUUGCCUUACCGAAUGCAAAAGACAAGAUAAUUGACAGAGAUUCUCAAUAUUUAAUAA